AUGAUAUUGGACAACAAACACGAACACUGUAGUUUAAACAACAAUUUAUUAGAAAUAAAGUCAUCUGAUGUAUCUGAUUUAACCAUAGAAAAAGAAGUAGACUCAAUACGAGUACAAAACAAUCCGAAAUUGACAACAGUAAAAGUGAAUUUAAAAACCUGCACAAAAAUUUGGUUUAGGAACAACGCCAUUUCCGAUUUCCAGGUCAGUAACAUGUAUUGCAACCGUUUGAAAACUUUGGACCUGUACAAUAACCGAUUGCGUAUCUUCCGAAGAGAUAUACUUUUGAACUCAACCACUAAACUGAACUUGGGAAAAAACAAAUUGGACAAUUCCAUUUUUGAGUGUGCUUUCAUUAUGUCAAUGUCUAGUCUCAAUGUUUUGGACUUGAACUACAACAUGAUCACCGCCUUGGACAUGUGUAAACAACCGAUCUUCUCCAAUCUAACGGAACUACUUUUGAAGCACAACUCCAUUUAUGAUAUCCACGUGGGGGCGCUAAAAUCUGCGAAAAAUUUGAUGAAGCUUGAUUUGGCUUUCAAUAAACUUACUUAUUUGGAACAAGGUACAUUUUCGGGUACGCCGAAGUUAAAGUGGUUGGAUUUGUCGCAUAAUCAAUUGACGUACCUCCCGAAGUAA